AUGAUAAUUUCAGAGAAGAACCGCCGCGAGAUCUCUAAGUACCUCUUCCAAGAGGGAGUGUGCUAUGCGAAGAAAGACUAUAAUCUUGCAAAGCAUCCAGAAAUCGAUGUGCCGAAUCUACAAGUGAUUAAGCUGAUGCAGAGCUUCAAGUCAAAGGAGUAUGUUCGGGAGACAUUUGCUUGGAUGCAUUAUUACUGGUAUCUCACUAAUGAUGGAAUUGAGUUCUUAAGAACUUACCUCAAUUUGCCAUCGGAAAUAGUGCCUGCCACUUUGAAGAAGCAGAACAAGCCCACUGGUAGACCCUUUGGAGGCCCACCAGGCGAUCGCCCACGCGGCCCACCUCGCUAUGAGGGAGAGAGGAGGUUUGGUGAUAGGGAUGGGUAUCGUGGAGGACCUCGAGGACCUGGUGGUGACCUUGGUGAUAAGGGUGGCGCUCCUGCUGACUAUCGACCAACUUAUGGGGGCGCUGGUGGAAGGCCUGGCUUUGGUCGGGGUGGUGGUAGUUUUGCCCCAGGGCCUGCUAGCUCAAACCUACCUGGAAAGAAUGAUUGUUUAUAUAACUUUGCUCUGCUUUUACAUCAAUACUAG